AUGGACGCCAUCACAAUUACAACAGUUCUCUUUCACGCUAUCUUCGAUACAGUUGGAAUCCUGCUCAACUUAAUACUAUUAUAUCUGGUGCUCUUCCGGACUCAAAGUCGUUUUGGAGUAUACGCCAUAUUGAUAGGAAACGCCGCAAUCACAGAUUUCAUAGCAUGCUUCACAUCAUUGCUUGUUCAACAACGGGUUAUUCCUAUAGGAACGAGUUUGAUAUACAUUUCACAUGGACCUUGUUGCGUGAUAGGACCAGAAUUCUGCUUCAUAACAUACUGUGUAAUGGUCGCUACAUAUACGCACUCGCUAUACUCCUUGCUUUUCUCAUUUUACUUUAGAUAUUAUGUAUUGAAAUACCAACAGCCAUCGGCUCGUGCCGCUCAAAGUUGUUUUUGCCUCCUUCUCGAUAUUAUCAUUCAUCAAUUUAUCAAUGGAGUUUUGGCGAAUCAACCUGAAUCAGAGGUGGUUGUGGUCCUGAUGCAAGAGCUGCCGCAAUACAAUAUCGUCAAUGCCACCAUAUCUGGCCAUACGAACGUGUUUGAAUGGAAAACAUUGAUUGCAAUACUACUUAUGGUCCUGCCCAUUAUGCCUGUAGCUGCCGGUGUUUUAUUACUCAGAAGACGAAUAAUCGCCAUGCUUGCGAUGCUUACCAUGUCGGAAAAUACGAAAUCUAUGCACAAACAACUGCUUGAGGCGCUGACCUAUCAGGCGUUGCUGCCUAGUCUACUUGUCAUCGCGCUUAUUUCGUACCUAUGUGGACAACUGGGAUUUUAUCAUCAUCCGCUCGUGGAAUCGAUCACAUUCUUCAGCACUAGUGUAUUUCCUGUAUUUAGCCCUUUGAUGAGCUUGUAUUUCAUCGUACCGUACAGAAAGACCGUCCUGAAUGUUUUUGUGCGAGCUAGGAAAAGGGUAUCGCAAACCGCUGAAGGGGAAUGA